AUGCGUUUUUCGGAAGCCAUAGCACAAUGGUCGGAACUACGUCCCUUUUUUGUUUUUGAAUGCUUUCCUCCACGGACAGACCAGGGUUUUGAGAAUUUAUUGAGCAGAGUUGGCCGGCUGGCCCAGCUAGGUCCUCUUGCCAUUACUGUAACCUGGGGUGCUGGUGGCUCUACUAGAAAUCGGAGUUUGGACCUCGCCGGGUUGUGUCAAAGCGAACACAACCUGAACGCCAUCUUACACUUAACAUGUACAAAUAUGGAAAAAGGGACCGUGGAAGCCACACUUAGAAGUGCCAAAGAACGAGGCAUAAAGAACAUUUUGGCUUUGCGCGGGGACCCUCCCCGCGGUUCGGAAUAUUGGAUUCCCGCUGAUCCAGGCUUCGUCCAUGCCAUCGAUCUAGUUCGCUAUAUCAAAACCCACAAUGAUUAUGCGUCCCAUUUUUGCGUUGGUGUUGCAGGGUACCCUGAUGGCCAUGAUCACUCUUUGACUCUGGAUGAAGAGGUUAAGCACCUAAAAGCAAAAAUCGACGCUGGUGCCGAAUUCAUCGUUACUCAAGUUUUCUAUGAUAUUGACCAGUACAUCCAUUGGAAGAAAAAGAUCGAGGACGCUGGCAUUUCGGUACCCAUCAUUCCUGCCGUCGCUCCUAUACAAAGCCAUGCAUCUUUCAUUCGAAUGACGAAACUAUGCAAGGCCAAGGUGCCGGAUAGCAUGCGCGACGCCAUCGAACACAUUAAGACCGACGAUCAAAAAGUAAAAGACUUUGGGAUCCAGCUAGCGAAAACCAUCUGCCAAAGAUUAACUUUGGACUGUGGAGCGCGAGGAAUACAUUUUUGUACGUUCAACUUAGAGAAGAGUGUACGUCGGGUGCUGGAAGAACUUGGAUGGUCCCAAAAAACCGAAUCCCCGUUCCAUUCAGAGGACUCUCAUCUUCCUCCUGAACUGCUGAUAACGGCAUCUGAAGCCAGUCACCUGAUACAAAGACCCACAACCCCGACUCAUUCGAUCGAUGGCUUCCAGUUGGACCCGCUCAAAGACGAUUUCCCGAACGGUCGAUUUGGGGAUUAUACGAGCCCAGCCUAUGGCGCAUUAGAUCCGUGGGACGGCGGCGGCAUUGGGGUUACCCCGGCGGAGGGCAUUGCAUUAUGGGGCUCUCCCUCAACAGUGCAGGACGUGCAAAACUUGUUCCUAUCGUAUCUGGAAUCAAAAAUCCCCUGUACGCCGUUUUCUCUCGAAGCCCUCUCGAAGGAGACUACAAUCAUCCUGCCGUAUUUGCUUCGUUUAACUGCGAAUGACUGCUGGACAAUUGCCUCCCAACCGGCGGUGGAUGCCGCACGUUCUGAUGAUCUUGUGUUCGGUUGGGGUCCUGGAGAAGGCUAUGUGUUUCAAAAAUCCUUCGUCGAAUUUUUUUGUACUUCAACUUCAUUGCAGAGUCUGACAGCACGGGUGGUCCGACACGGGAAUGGCGCCAUUACUUACUAUGCGAGUAAUUCAAGCGGGGGUUUCAUCAGCAAUGCUGAGGCGGGGACACGGCACGCAGUUACAUGGGGCGUCUUUCCCGGUCAAGAGAUAGCACAACCGACGGUGAUUGAGCAGGAAUCAUUCCUCUCCUGGAAGGAUGAGGCAUUCUCCGUGUGGUCCCAAUGGGCACAGUUCUAUCCCCCGAACUCUCCGUCCAGGGCUACCCUGAAGGGCAUCCAAGAAGAUCGUUGGUUGGUCAGCAUGCUGCACCAUGAUUUUAAGCAACCAGAUGCAUUGUGGGCUUUUUUACUUGGCAAUUAAAUUACCGGGGAAUAUAGCCUAGUAUAAUUUCAUGAGGGUGAGGGGAGUUCGCGAGCAUCCACAAUGAAGCUGGAACCAUACUCCCCGGUCUCCUCGUAUGAUUCUCCGAGCUCAUUGUCGCCAUCAUCAUCAUCCAAAUCUUGCAUCCCCUGAUCCAUGUCUUCAUUUUCAUCUUCAUCUUCAUCGUCAUCUUCGUCGUCGUCGUCAUCUUCAUCGUCACCAUCUUCCUCUUCCUCUUCCUCUUCGCCUAAUUCGCCCUCAUUAUCGGAAUUAUUCCCUUGUGACGUGCUUGCUUCCGAAGAACUUGCUGAGUC